AUGACCAUGAGAGUUGCCAUUAUCGGGGCGGGAGUCUCUGGCCUCGUAUCCAUAAAGCAGUGCCUGGAGGCAGGACUCGAGCCCGUGUGCUUCGAAGCGUUGGGACAUUUCGGCGGUGCGCUUCUCCCUUUCUGCCUCCCCCCACCCCUCGCCCCGUUACAUGACAAGACUGACUUGAGGAUGGAUGGAUGAAUAGGGCAAUGGCACUACACGGAUCCCGACCCACUGACCGGCGAGGUCGUCUCCUCAAUCUACCGCAGCGUCGUGAUAAACACCUCCCGGGAGACGAUGAUGAUGAGCGACUUUCCCAUGGAUCCGAAGUUGUAUGCCAUUUAUCCCGUAUAUCCCCCCCCCACUCCUCGCACGGGGUCGGUUAUCACAUGCUAAACUCCCCCCGGCGGCACUGGCAAACAGCACAAUUCAAGGGUGCAGCGGUACUUUGAAUCCUAUGUAGAGUUUUUUAAAUUGCAACCCCACAUCCACUUGAACCAUCGUGUUCGGGGGGCCCAUCCGGUGGGGGAUGGGAAGUGGACUGUCGAGGUGGAGAGUGGUGGGCAGGCGACGGUGGACACUUACGAUGCGGUUUUCGUGUGUACGGGUCACCAUUCCGCGCCUAACAUGCCGGAUUGGCAGGACGUGGGCGAGUUUGAAGGGGAAUUGCUGCACAGUCAUUAUUAUCGGGACACCGUCAAGUUUCAGGGGAAGGAUAUUGCGGUCGUCGGGGUUGGGAAUUCCGGUAGGUUGUUGGUCCUCUGCCGGGAAUGUGGGUGGCUAACGAAAGGUAUGGGGUGGUGAUAGGAGUCGAUAUCAGUGCGGAGCUGAGCACUUGCACUAAAUCUACGCACCUAAUCACUCGCUCGGGAACCUGGGUAUGGCCACGCUUCCUGUUCGGAGAGCCGUACGAGAGCCUCGGGAGUAAGCCCCUUAUACCCCCCCUCUCGGGGCAUGUACUGAUCAUGCUCACCAGGCCGCUUCAUGCUCCAGAUGAUGCCCCGCUUCCUGUCGAUCGCUGCGACCCAAUGGGUUCUAAACUACACGCUUGGCACCAUCCCAAAAGAACUAAAGCCAGAACACAACCUCCUGGCCGCACACCCCACUGUCCGCAGCGACCUGAUUGAGCGGGUGAGGACCGGAACAAUAACUCCACACCGAGGGGCUAUAAAAAGGUUUACCAAGAAGGGACUUGAGCUUACAAGCGGGGAGAUGGUAGAACCCCUGGACGCGGUUGUUGCUGCAACGGGGUAUACCGUAUGUCCACCUCUCCUGAUUUCCCGCUGGGGGGGGGGUAAGAGACCCGAAAUGGUUGCGGUUAAUAAUGUGGUAAACAGCUGAACUUCCCCUUUCUCCCAAAAGGAAUCGUACAAUCCGAUGGGGAUCGAGAUGGAAAAGAAAACUGGACGAAUCUCUACAGGUUAAUGGUGGCGCCAGGGCAUCCAGGACUCUAUUUCAUUGGGCUAUGUCAGCCAUUGUUUGUCCCCCGCCCACUCUAAUCUUCCGAGCUAACAAUGACCCAGAGGCGCAUUAAUGCCCGUCUCAGAAAUGCAAGCAAGAUGGGCCACCUCCGUCCUCAAGAACGAGAUCCCCCUUCCAUCGCCUGAACGGAUGCACGAGGACAUAGCAGCCUACCAGAGGGAUCUCAAAAAGGUGUUUGUCAAGUCCCCGCGCCACACGCUCGAAGUCGAGUUCUUCCCGUACAUGGAUAUGCUCGCCCGGGACUUUGGCGCGCACGUUACGUUUGGCCGGUUCUUGUCCACCUUUGGGGUUUGGCAGGGCGUGAAGACUGCCCGCGCCGCGUAUUUUGGCCCCCCGAGCGCGGUUCAGUAUAGGUUAUUCGGGAAGGGGAGGAAGGAGGAGCUUGCCAGGCUUGUUCUGCAGAGGUUGGCGAGGAAGGGGGAUGAGGAGAUGAGUUUGGAGGAGAUGGCGGAGGUAGAGAGGUAUAGGGCUGGUAAUUAGGUUGAAGAAAGAGGGACAAUCUUCUCUUGGGUGCAGGAG